GCCAGAAGCCUUCGCUAGCAAUUCCAUCUUCUUUGAGAGGGACGGAGGCCGGCCGGCCGAUCGAUCGAUCGAGCCCCCAGCAGGUAGCAGCUGCACGUAGGAGAGCGCCAUGGCGGAGGAGCUGCAUCAAGUGCCGCCGCCGCUUGGCUACUUGGAGGCGGAUGAUGAUGGACCUCUGCGCCGCCGGGACCGGGAGUCCAUGGUGAACAAGCUCAUCUCCACCGUCUACUCCGGGCCCACCAUCAGCGACAUAGAGAGCGUGCUCUCCUUCACCGGCGGCGGCGCCCAUCAUCAUCAGAAUAUUAAUCAGCUGGCUGAUGAUGCCAUGGAUAACUACAGCUCCGCCGGCGUCGUCUCCACCAGCCCACCGGUGGUUUUCUCCCCUAAGACGGAGGUAUUGAGCAAGAUGGAGAACAAGUACACGCUCAAGAUCAAGACCUGUGGGAACGGCCUUCUUGCAGAGGAUGGCUACAAAUGGAGGAAAUACGGGCAGAAAUCCAUCAAGAACAGCCCCAACCCAAGGAGCUACUACCGUUGCACGAACCCUCGGUGCAACGCCAAGAAGCAGGUGGAGCGCGCGAUGGACGAGGCGGACACGCUGCUCGUCACCUACGAAGGUCUCCACCUGCACUACACCUACUCCCACUUCCUCCUGCAACACCAGCAGCAGCAAGCUGCUCCGGAUCCUCCUCCUGCACGGCCACCAGCAGCAGCAGGAGGAGGAGGAAGCACCAGCAAGAAGCCCAAGCUGCUGCAGCCGCGCGGCUGCCCAGCAGCAGCACCCAUCAUUGACGACGACGACGCCGCCGCCGCAGCAGGAGACCUAGACCUGUUCCUCCUCCACGGCGGCGGCGGCGGCCGCAGCAGCAGAAGCAGCCCAAGCAGGUGCUGGCAGCAUGCUGCAGCAACCUCACCAAGAAGAAGAGACGAUGGACUGACGAUGCCGCUAGGGGUGUUCCCUCAGCAAGAAACGGACGAAGACGGCUGCGGCUUUGUUGAUCAUCAUCGUCGUCGUCAGCAUACCUGCAGUAAUAAUAAUAAAGGGGGGCUGCUGGAAGACGUUGUGCCGCUGCUUGUCCGGCGCCCCUGCAGCAGCACCAGCACCCCAAUUACCAUCAGCCGCAGCUCCUCGCCGCCGCCGUCCCUCUCGACCACGACGACGGCGGCGUCGUCCUCCGUCUCAUGGAAUAAUAACCCAACGUCGCCCUACAGCAUCGACAUGGCCAUACUCUCCAACAUCUUCUGAAUUCGAUCGCACCGCCAAGCUUGCAGAUCGACAACAUCUCUAGCUAAUUAAUUAUAUAUAGUCUUGUUUGUCGGGCCUCGUAUGUACCAGCUUCUGUUUUAUAUAUAUCACAAUUUAGACAUCA